AUGGAUGAAAUCUGGUUCGGGGAGUUUGCCAAAGUAUUCGCCCCGUACCUCCCCAAUAUCUGGAAUCUGACACCAACAGAGAUUUGCCCCAGCACAAGAUGGCGUCGAUUCAAAGACAGCGCCAAGGUCCGGUUCUGUUGCCAGACAUGUGGUCAUGGUUGGACGUCAAUGAAAGGCCGAGUUGUCUUCUGGUAUUUCUUUCACGUGCCUUACUGUGAGGGUCAUGUCCAGUUUAAACUGUAUGGUCAACAAUGUCAGCGUUGCAACAACGGGAUGUUCGAGCCAGCAAUGUGGUACCCCGAAGAGGUCAACAAAGUCUUGUGCAACCUCUACAACAGAAUUGGACAGACUUAUUACGGAUUUGUGAAACCGCCCAUCAGAUACGACCGGAGAGCGGGCAAACCACGAACCCAACACAACGCGACACUUUGCCAGGCCUGCAGGGACGGGGAGUGUGACAGUCGACCCCGAGCCCAGGGUCAACCAACAAAGGUUGUGCAGUACACCACCACAAGUACCACGACCACACCGCAACUCAGCCAACUCCCUCCCCAGGCCACGGUCGUCAACACCAUCGCUGCCCCGCCCACCACGGUCCGAAAAGUUUUGACGCGGACGUGACGUCACAAUAAAAUAGGGCUUGUCUAAAUUGAUGAGGAAGUAUAAAAAAAAACACAGAUGAAAUAUGAAGGGUGUUGUGUGUUUUGUGGGAUUUGUCGUUGAGGGUGUGGUGGUCUUUUAAAUCGGCUAACCGGUUUUAUUGAGUGAUCGCCGAUUUAAACAUCGGGUGUGGCGAUUACAAAUCACAGAUGUUUUGUGAUAUACAAUUAUACAUGACUAUAGAGAUAGUUUGUAGUUUAUUUUUGUGUGAUGUAUGAUGAAAGUGCAACUUCUCAAUGUAUAAUGGCCUAAUCGACCUUCAUAGCGGUCCGUUAUUUAUAAGGCGAAUAACAUUAUUUCAAGCACUAUAGUUUUGAAUAUAUGUAAAUUUGGUAGCUAUCGAUAGCUUAUUAUGAUAAUAUUUUGUACAUAUAGUUUUGUAGAAGUUUUUACUGUAUUACCUCUAGCUUGUAAAUGCACAUUAUUCAAUGCCAAAUCUAAAUUAUGAUGUGUUUUGUGUAAAUUAAUUGAAACAUAUCACCGUCAAAGACGCGGAUCAGUUCUUGGACAUUUAAGCGAUUUUACGAAGUGCCUUGAGUUUCGGGUGAAAAACUACACGCGCAAGCGGUCUUAAUGUUUAGUUUAGGAGAAUUAUCAGACGAAUCAAAUAAAACAAUGAGGAUAAUUUCGAUUGUGUACCGUCACUAUCGUGUAAUUAUGACCCCACAAACACUAUGAAUUCUGCAGUAUACUGAAUCAUCGAGUAGAUUGAUUGUAGUGUUAAUUAUACGGUACAUUCACCUUUGCAGCAUCAAAUCCAUUUUUAGAUAAUUCAAUAUAAACCCAUGGCGAAUGGAUUGCUCUGAGCUGCUGAGUAAUUAAGGUUAUAAAACGCCAUGAAAACUGGAGUAUUCACUUUGUGAUAUUCUAUUCAACUUCUCGUGAAUUUCGCGUUACUGUUCCUUAUUAUGCAUAAUAUGACAUUGCAAAGUGCGAGCAUGUCGUGUUUAUAACUUACAAACUUCAUAAAUGGACAUGUUAUUAUCAUUAUAAUGACUUUGUCUAUUAAAAUGCACUUGAUAAUAAGUUUGUAUUUACCAUAAUACAUUUUCAAAAUCUAAAAUGUUCAAAUGCGCUUGUCAAGCCUUAUUUGAAACAGGCGAAGUUGGAACGGACUGGAAUAAUAAUUUUAUCAUUGAUAUUGUGGAAAUAAGAUACUUAGCACUAAUACACAUCUGCAUAUUUAUCCUUAAGUCAUACAAGAGGUAAAUCAAAUAUGUGAAAUCGAGGUGAUCGUAAAUUCGUUCAUAAGUUCAUUCAUUGUUCAUUCGUAAUUUUACGAUCAGUUUUAUGAAACCUCUUCCCUAUCAUGAUGAUGGGUAGUCAGGGUGAAUGGAUCUUUUGUCGAAUCUAUAAUUUUAUAAUAAUGUAACUAAUAUUUUUAUCGAUGCACCUUGACUAUAUAAACUGAUAUCAAACCAACAAUACAAGACACAAUACAUGUGAUAUAAUUAAGUUUGUGUUUUGUGAUGAUUUUCAAAGCUGGCACACUGUAAAAACUGUGGUGUUAAAACUGACACUAGUUGGUGUUAAUAGAGGACCACACCCUGUGGUGUUAAAAUUACACCCUCGAGAUUUACCAUAACACCAAAUAGUGUAAAUGUAACAACCAAUGGUGUUGCAAUAACACCUAUAGGUGUUAAAAUAACACUGUCAAUUUAACACCGGUGUAAAAUAACUGGUGUGGUCCUCUAUGUACACCGGUUAACACCACAGUUUUUGCUGUGCAUCGAUGGGACUAUUUUUAUAUUGCUUUAUUGGUCUUCACACCUCUUUUCAUUCAAGAAAUUUCUCUCCUGAUUCCAUGAUUCUGAAAAACAAGGGCCUCAAUUCAAGCCAAACCAUCAAUUUUCAAUUUGUUUUAUUCUGUAUUUUCAUUCUACGUGUACAGAAUGAUGUACAUA